AUGGCAAGACGAUUCACUUACGCUGAGAAAGGCAAAGGCUUGGUGACCUCUGAAUCGUCCCCUCCUCGGUUGUGUAUACGAGCCCCUGCUAUGGACACCUCUGACCUGGUCAGGAAGAAUGCCCUAACCCUCAUUGGUCGACUCACGAACCCAGCCGAACAACGUUUGCGGUCAAUGCUACCCUACUUCUCCAACAAAUGGGAACUGCGUGGAAACGUCACCGGUGCAGAUCUGGGAAAUGGUUGCUUCCAGUUCCGGUUUGACUAUGAAGAAGAUUUGAGGAAAGUCCUCGAAAACCGACCUUACCAGUAUUCCAGAUGGAUGGUGAUCCUAGAGAAGUGGGAACAAAUUAUCUCAGCCUCCUUCUUAUCACAGAUCCCGUUCUGGAUCUCACUCCGGGGUUUACCACUCCACUACUGGAAGAGAGAACUCCUGUUUAGUAUUGGUGACAAACUAGGAAAGCUUAUCUCUUUCGAGCUAACCUCUACAGCAGCGAAAAUACGAGUCCUUCUAGAUGGACUCAAACCUAUCACUAAGGAGGCCAUAGUGGAGUUCGAAGGGGGCCAUGAGGCCUUAGUUACCCUAGAGUACUAUAAGCUCGACAAGCACUGCCUGUACUGCUUCAGACUUACCCAUGAGGAACAAAACUGCCCCGAGAACCCAAAAUCUUCUCUGAACCUCCAACCACCAAAAACCCUAGAACCGGAGCCACCAAACCAUCUUAAGCCACCCUUCUUCAACAAUCCUCGAAGCACUUCCUCUUACCACCACCAGAACAGAUCUGGGCAAAACCUUGAAGAACGCUCCGCCUCUAGACACAGCCUCAGAAACCGCUCUCCCCCCAGAACCUCAAACAUCAACAUAGAGCAAGCAAGACAACCCCCAACCCAUACAUCUCGUGGACCAAACUCGUCUCCUCCGUAUCAACGUGACCGCCAUGACACACGAAGACACUACGACUCUGGUAGCACAAGAAACCACUCUUCGAGAAGAUCUCCGGAGGAAAGACCAAGAAGAUCCAACCACUCACCAAAUCACCCUAGACCCCACCAAAUCUGGAGAGAAAAAACAAAUCAAAGGACUGAAACAAUGGAAGAUAACUUCACACCUAACCAGAGAAGAACUAUACCUCUGGAGAGAAAUCUCGACCAAGAUGACUUCCCCACCCCUCCACCGAGAAGACAAACUGAGGCUGAGAUCAUCCAGGAUCUCCACGAUAUUGAUAUCCGCUACAUCAACUGCGGCGAUCCAGCAGAGAGCGCAGCCAGAAGACAACGAGUGUUAGAGAGUGAUCUCAAUGGCCUGGUGGAGGAAACUGCAAACCGCCUCUACAAUGCCCCAUCUAACCUGCUACACGAGGAAGAUGUCAUCAGACUUGCUUCACCUACCAUGACACAACAACUCAACACCUCACCCCAAAACGAUCCCCUGAACUCUACCAGCCCUAUUGUGGAACCGGAACGUACCCUACAACUAGGACAAACCGUGAAGAAGAGAGGCAAACCACCUACCAAACACUUAAAACCAAACCAGUCUGCAGCUAGACCGUCCAAACACAAAACGAAGGUACAACGGAAAUCACCCUUCCUCCGCCUCUCCCCACUGUCAAGAGUCAUUCAUAAUAGAGCCAAUCUAACCCCCCAAAACCAGAGAACGCCAAGAAACAGAAACCAUACAGAAACCUCAACUACCCCAAACCCACAGCCAGGAAGCUUACCAGGCAGAUUACCCCCUCGCUCACAUAAAGCACCGGCACGCCUUCAAGAUGGAGCGGAUUUUCGGACUCCGCGAAGUCCUCUUCCUUAG